ACCUCGAACUAAUGGAUGUAUUCUGUUCGAGAAUACGCUCGGCUGCUGCAUCCACUAAACCCUAAUGCUAGCCCCGAGGCUUUGUUCCUCUUCGCAGUUUCCUGUGCGCCAUGCACUGAGGGGAGUGUGGGGUUUAGCAAGCAAGAGUGUCCUCGGUGCCGCCAAUUGGUGGUGGGAUCGGCAGUAGCAAGCAUGGCGAUGGCAGAAGCAGUAGCGAGAGCCGGCAAGGAGUCGUUCCGGACGGGCGUCAUAGCGGUGAAAUGCGGAAUGACGGCGAUAUGGGACAAGUGGGGCGCUCGGGUGCCCAUGACGGUGUUGUGGGUGAACGACAAUCAUGUGGUGCAGGUCAAGACGGAGGAGACAGACGGUCAUUUCGCUCUGCAGAUCGGUGCAGGGCAGAGAAAGCCAAAGCAACUAACAAAGCCUGAGUUAGGGCACUUCAGGGCAGCAGGAGUCCCGUUGAAGCAACAUCUGGCUGAGUUUCCUGUGACUGAGGAUGCACUUUUGCCAUUGGGCACCGAGCUUUCAGUGCGUCACUUUAGGCCUGGCCAGUACGUUGACAUCGCCGGGAUCACCACUGGCAAAGGGUUUCAGGGAGGAAUGAAACGGUGGGGUUUUGCUGGUAUGCCCGCAUCUCAUGGUGCUUCACUCUCACAUCGAAGUUUAGGGUCCACUGGUGGACGUCAGGAUCCUGGCAAGGUCUUUAAGGGCAAGAAGAUGGCAGGGCAUAUGGGUGCGGUGAGGAGAACAGUGAAGAAUGUAUGGAUUUACAAGAUUGAACCCGAAAGAGAUCUUAUCUGGGUUCGGGGCCAGGUGCCUGGGCACAAGGGAAACUUUGUUUACAUCAGAGACGCUUUCUAUAAGAAGCCAGACUUUUCAGUUGUUCCUUUUCCCACGUAUGCGCCAGAUGAAGAUGACGACCUCUCCGCAUUGGUUGCUGAUUUUGGUGAAGUUGAUCCAUUCUUAGAAGAGUAGAACCUUGGAGAUCUUUGAAAGUUUCUUUAGCAGAUCUGGUAGAGCUAAUCUUUGUUACUGAGCAUUUCGGUCUCUCCUUAACUUCAUCAUUUAGGAUGCAUAGCCAUGUGGUGAAGGUCUUACACUGGCGUAAGUUCCUGUUGAGACGGAUUCUUCUUACUUCCACAUGUGCAUAAUGAGAAUGGCCCAAGAAGUAAUUAGUUUCGUUAGGCAGCAUUCUGACUCUGCCAUGCGGCGCUGAAGAGGAGUGAGAACGUGAGUCUUAAGGAUUGUAGACUUACAGUUAAGCUUAAAAUCAAUUUCUCUUGUGGUGCGACUGUAACUAGCAACCUGAAGACAAGGGGUGGAGCAUGGCACACGAAGUGUAUAUUCAGUCGGUGAAAAUGACAAGCCCUUGUUCUGGUACUCGAGUUGCUAGCAAAAUAAUAGUUGCAGUAGUAUUCAAUGGAGCUGGAAGGUGGCCACAAUGUUAUUGUUCUGUGUGCAUCGUUAUUAGUUUAGGACGUUCUACAUGGUGCACCUUGGUCUAUUUUUAGCAGCAUCAUCACGCUCAUGAGCAAAGUUACUCAUUUGUUCCAUUUCCAUAAUCAAAGAAGUUGCAAUGGACCUGGGAUUUUGUUCCUUGUA